AUGCCAACAGGCUUUUUUCCUAUUAUGUUCGUGAUCGCCAUCGUGGCAAGCAAGAUCCAAUCCGAUGUCGCCGAGACGAACCCAAGUGGUCGUUUGCAUGUCAAGGAUGACGACACAGCCAGUCACCUUAGAAGUGCAGACGCGCUAGACAAUUCGAUCGGGAUCAAAGAGAAUGAGAGAGGCUUCUUUGCGCGUUUUAGACCAAAAACAACAGUUUCUCCCGUCCGCGAUGAAGCUGUUAUGAAGGAGGUAAAUACAUUCAUGGCCGAAGGUAAAGCUUCGACCAAGCUUAAAAAGGAAAACGUGAGGGCGAUUGCGACGUACGCGACGAGAAGCAGUAGCAAUUGGGGCAGAGCAACUAAUAUCGUCUAUAAUUUGUACGGCAUUUCGAUGGUGGCAUUUUUCUUCAUUGCCAUUCUUUUCUUCGGGUGGCGCUCCUCAUUUACGGUCUAA